ACCUUUGGUUUGCAAACCAGGGGGCUGGGCAGUGUGGGGCAGACCGGGAGAGGUCCCGCUCCUCCGUGUGGGGGAAGCGAGGGGUGGGGGUGCAUCUUUUGGCUGGAGCAAGCAACAGGUGCAGCCUCUGCCCGGGCACCUGGCAGCCCUUGCCCACACUCCCCUCCUCUCGCCCCAGCCUGUCCUGCACUGGGCACUGGCUGCUUGCAUGGCGCGGUAGGAGGCCCACGUGGGAUCCUGCGGGCGUGGGCAGCCCGGGGGGGAGGCUGGGUCAGGCUCCGUAGCUUCUUUCCAGGAUCAGGCCCUGUGUCCUGCCCUGGCUGCACUCCCACGGGUGCCUGGGCCCGGACCCCACACGCACCUCCAGGGGCGCCUCCGAGCAGUUCCUUUGGUGCAGGGGGUUUUGUGGGGAGGGGGCUGCACUGGCCCCAGGACUCGCCAUCGGGAAGGCAGGAGGAUGCCUCCCUUUACAUAAGCCAUGGAGCAGGCGAUGGCAACCAGCCAGGACCAAGCCUUCCCGGGCCAGCUUUGUGAUGCCUGCAGCAGAGGGGCAAGAGCUCUUAGCUCUCCCUCUCUCUUUACCACAGAAAACAGAACGGUUCCUCCAUUGCCAGGAACUGGGGGGCAGCAGGGGCCGGACGCCUCUGCAAGGCCACCAUCGCAGCCCCCUGGAAAGGAACCCCUGCCCAGGGGCCUUGGCAGCCUCGGGGAGAAGUGCUGGCAGAAGGGGUGGGCCGGGGAUGGCUCAGCUGUGGGUCCAAGCCCUGUCCUGUCUCAUGCCCAGACUCCCCCAGCAGUGCCUGGGGAGCGGGGCCGUGGCUGCCCGGGCAUGCACAGGCCUCUGCUGCUUCAGUGCAGAUGGGACUGAGCAAAGGGCUGUAACUAGACCCAAGCCGCCCGGGGUCACAGCUCCCCGGGGCAGUCCUGGCAUGGCUCUGCUCCCCUUGGCAGAGCUCUCCCCACUCUUUGCUCAUGCACAAGUGCUGUGGGCCAGGUCCUGGGCUGGAUUAAAGGUGCCCAGUGCCCGCUCGCCAGUUCCGCGCUUCCCAGCCUCGGGCCUUCUUUGGAGACAGUUCAUAAAUAUUGUCACAAGGAGGCUGGGGAGCAUCUGUUCCAGGCGCUGGAUACUGUAAAUCCUAGCAAGGCUUCACAGCCCAGCGCCAAGCUCCUAUUUUGGGCGCACGGGGCCAGUGUCCUCCUCUGGGAGGUGGGAAUGUUGGCCCCGCGCUCCCCUUGGCUGGCGGGACAGUUCAGAGUUUCCCCUCCCUGCAUCACGCUGCCUUGGCUGGAGGCACUCACUGAUGACCCCCCUAGUUUAAUAGGAUCAGGGAUUGCAGCCAGAGUCCGGCUUCGGGGUGCCUUGAUGUUCCCGUGCCCCGAGCUCAGCCUGAGCAGCCCUGCGGUGCUCAGGGCUGGGCACGAAUGCAGCAAGGGUGGGCCGGCUGCUCCCACGGCGAAGCUCUUUGAGCCCUGGGUCCCAAGUGCGUGCCAAGGGACGUCGCCGGGGGUGAGCGGGACUGGGCAAAGCAGCUGAAUUUGGCGGAGCGUCUUGCUUGAAGGAGCACGAGGAAACCCCCCCAGUGCCAUGGCCUCCUGGUGCCUCAGCAUUCAGCGGUCCUGCGCGGCAUACCCGAACACGACCUUUAAAGGUCCGUGAGAUGAAGGACAUUAUCGCCUGGCCCCGAGGCUGCCAGCUCUGCCAGGGACUCCGGUUACGGGUCUGUCGUGCACGGCCCCAGCAGCGUUGCAGCAGCUGGGCAGCCAGCAUUGGGCAGCAAAGCCCCCAGGCCAGGGCGCAGCCAGGGGUCAAACAUCUGUCCUGCCGCAAAGCAAAGGUGCUGGCGGGCAAGCCCCGAGGGGCAGAGCGGGUCUUCUUACCCCUCUCCCACCCUUCUCAUUUGUGCCCUGCACCAAGCAUUCAUAGCAACCGUCUUCUGGUCUUGGAACUGGGGCUUGGGUGUUGCCAUGACCUGAGCAGAAAUCUGGGGCUGGGCAGAGCGGUGAUGGGGGCACUCGGAUAUGGGGCAGCCUGGCACCAGGGACCCCCGUGGGCUUUUGGUCUGCAUGGGAGGCCCUGCCCCAUCAUGGGUUCCCUUCUUCCUUUGCUGGCCUAGCGCCUCCAGCCCCACGGCUGGCUAGGAAUGACCUUCCCCGAGGACGAGCUUAUGCCACUGGGUUAGACUGGCGCCAUCGCCAGCUAGCGUGGGCUGGGCACCUUCCAGAGCCCAGGCUUGUGCCCUCCCACCCCUCAGCUCAUUCUUUUUAUGGCUUUUCACACCUCGUGCGCCGCGUUGACAAUCUUAAUUUACGCGGCUCCGAUCUUGGGCGGGUGUCGGAGACAAGCUGUCACAGCGGCCCCGUCCUGCCCUUCCUCUAAGCUCACACCCCAGGCCAGGGCUUCUCCCAGGUCUGGCCCUGCAGGCUCCUGGUGCUGAGCUGCUGUGGGCCGAGCUUCUGGUUUGUGCCACGGGAGCACCAGGCAGCCUGGUCCACAUGCUCCUGCAGGGCUUCAGCUUCGCGGAUGCAAGGGGUGGAGUAACUGCAUGUUGCCACCUCGCUCUGGGGGUGCAGCUGACCAAGCCCUGCCAGGCAAGGUGCCCAUCUCCAUGGCCUCUGGGCACAGGCAGUUGUCUGUGCCGGGGAGCCAGUGCCUGCCCUGUGGAGCUUGCAGCUCAGUCAUCUGGGGGGAGGGAGGAGAGGUGCAAGGGGGGGAGCAGAGCGUGGUGGGUAGUCGUGCCAGGGGCCAGUAUCCCCCCUGCAGCUCCGGAUCAGUGCAUCCCGGCACUCACCCGGUUCCUCCUUCCCUCUCCCCGCAGAAAUGCCCUGCAUCCAGGCACAGUAUGGCAGCGUGCCCCAGAGCGCUGGGCUGGCUGAACGCUACCAGGCAGACUUCCUGAGCCCCGAGGCCGGCAAACUUGGCAUGGACCUGGCAGGCGCGGAGCUCUCAGCACCCCCCUCUCUGCCUAGCUUCAGCACCUUCAUGGACGGCUACGCUGGCGAGUUUGACGCCUUCCUGUGCCAGCUGCCGGCCGCCGGCCCACCCCCCACCGCUGCCUUCAAACUGGAGGACUUCCAGGUCUACGGCUGCUACCCCGGCCCCUUCAGCAGCCAGCUGGAUGAGACCCUGUCCUCAAGUGGCUCGGACUACUACGGCAGCCCCUGCUCCAUCCCGUCGCCCUCCACCCCGGGCUUCCAGAACCCGCCGGGGCCGGCCUGGGACAGCCCCUUUGGGCCCUACUCUCCCCCCCAGAGCUACGAAGCCGUGCGGCCCUGGGCUGAGCCACCCAAAAGCGGCACCCCGCAGCCAGCCUUCUUUACCUUCGGCCCCUCGGUUCACAGCUCUGGGGUCCCCCAGAGCCCCCUGAAGACCCAGCCGCCAGUGCCCCGGCUGGACCAGCCCCUGGCGGACACGGACAUCUUUGCCCUCUCCCAGAGCACCCCGGCAGGCUUCCCCGGCCUGCCCCUGGGCCAGGUUUCACCCCUCCUGGACAGCCCAGCCCUGAUGGACGGUUCGCUGUCGCCCUCCAAGACGCGCAGCCCUGGUACCAACGAGGGCCGUUGUGCCGUGUGCGGGGACAAUGCCUCAUGCCAGCACUACGGCGUUCGCACCUGCGAGGGCUGCAAAGGCUUCUUCAAGCGCACAGUGCAGAAGAAUGCCAAGUACAUCUGCCUGGCCAACAAAGACUGCCCUGUGGACAAGCGGCGGAGGAACCGGUGCCAGUUCUGCCGCUUCCAGAAGUGCCUUGCCGUGGGCAUGGUCAAAGAAGUGGUCCGGACAGACAGCCUGAAAGGCCGCCGGGGCCGGCUCCCAUCCAAACCCAAGCAAGCCCAGGACAUUUCCCCCGUCAGCCUCAUCACCUCCCUCGUGCGGGCGCACAUUGACUCCAUCCCCAGCGCUACCAAGUUGGACUACUCCAAGUUCCAGGAGACGGCGUCCUGCCAGCUGGAGAAGGAGGAGGCAGUGGACGUGCAGCAGUUCUACGACCUGCUUGCCGGCUCCAUGGAUGUCAUCCGCAAGUGGGCCGAGCGGAUCCAGGGCUUCGCAGAGCUGCCUCGCCAGGACCAGGACCUGCUACUGGAGUCCGCCUUCCUGGAGCUCUUCAUCCUGCGGCUGGCUUACAGGUCAAAGCCAGAGGAAGGCAAGCUCAUCUUCUGCAACGGGGUGGUGCUGCACCGGGCGCAGUGUGUACGUGGCUUCGGCGAGUGGAUCGACUCCAUCUUGGAGUUCUCUCAGGGCCUGCGGCGCAUGAGCAUCGACGUGCCCUCCUUCUCCUGCCUUGCCGCUCUCGUCAUCAUCACAGACCGGCAUGGGCUGAAGGAACCCAAGAAGGUGGAGGAGCUGCAGAACCGCAUCGUGGGCUGCCUGAAGGACCAUGUGUCGAGCACAGCGGGUGAGCCUGCCCGCCCCAGCUGCCUGUCCAAGCUGCUGGGCAAGCUGCCCGAGCUGCGCACACUCUGCACCCAGGGCCUGCAGCGCAUUUUCUACCUGAAGCUGGAGGACCUGGUACCACCCCCGCCCAUUGUGGACAAGAUCUUCAUGGACACGUUGCCCUUCUGAGUGGCACUGCUGAUGGACCUGCUCCCCUGCCCGCUGCAGUGCAGGAGGGGAGACGAAUGGCAUUCCCAGAGAGCCGGGACUCGCUGGAAGGGGGCUGCCCUGCCCCGUGCCAGCUGGGCACUGCCCACACGCCCUCUCUGUGGAGAGACCCAUGUGCCUUUAGGGUGAUGGACUGAGACGCACAACGCCCCGUGCCUGCUGCCCCCCCGCCCCCUUGGGCCAGGACGCGCUGGCAGCUGCACCCCUGCCAGGCACUGGCUGUGGGGCUGGGGGCCAAGCUGCCUUCCCUGCCCCUGGUGUGCAUCGUCCCUGGCGCUGACCCCCAGCAGGCUCGUGCUGCCCCCAGGCCCCGGCUGCCCCCUCCUGUCGCCUCUUUUGUACAAAUAUCAAAGCUUUUUGUAAAUAGCUGAUCGUGGGGCGGGGGUGCACAGUGCCUGCCUUGGCCCCCCCCCUUGCUGUACAUAGCCCCAUGAACCCCUUGCAAAGCACAUUUAUAUUUGUCUAUUAUUUUUUUUCUGGAUUAGCCACGUGCUCCUCUUUUCCGAUGAGUAUCUAUUUAAUAUAUUAAAAUUAAAAAGCUGCGAG